ACAAAUACUUGAGUACAAUCUAAAAAUCUUGGAGUCUACUUCUUCUCUCUAUCCUCUCACCUUCCUCGUUCAAGUCGACUCUUAUCACGUGUAUAUUCAAGGCUUCUUCUCCUUGAAUUUCAUUUACUUUUUCACUCAAAAAACCUACCUUUUCCUUCACAUGGAAGUAGCUCGUGAGCGACGCCAGAUUAACCUCAGCCUCCGCCUUCCUCUUCCGGACGUCCCCCUCCCCCUCCCUCCAUCUGCCACCGCAAAUGCUGUAGCCGCUUCUUCGGUUACAAUCCCAGCAGCGGAACUCGAGAGACUCGGAGUACUCGGCCACGGGAAUGGAGGCACCGUAUACAAAGUCCAACACAAGAGACCCUCCAAGAUUUACGCACUGAAAGUUGUUUAUGGCAACGGAGACCUGACGGCACGUCGACAGGUUUACAGAGAAAUGAAUAUUCUUCGAAAAAUUGAUUCGCCUCACGUCGUUCGUUGCUACGAAACGUACGAAAAUCCUUCCGGGGAUGUCGCAAUUUUGAUGGAGUAUAUGGACGCUGGAACUCUGGAUACUCUUCUUCGUACCAAGGGCACUUUGUCCGAGCCCGAACUUGCACAUAUAACGAGGCAGAUUCUAAAAGGAUUGAGUUACUUGCAUAGCCAUAAGAUAACUCAUCGAGACCUGAAGCCUUCGAAUCUGUUGGUGAAUACGAAGAUGGAAGUUAAGAUCGCCGAUUUCGGAGUCAGCAAGAUUAUGUCACGGACGCUGGAAGCAUGCAAUUCCUACGUCGGAACCUGCGCUUACAUGAGUCCGGAACGGUUCGACCCGGACGCCAACGGAGGUAACUACGAUGGAUUCCUCGGCGAUAUCUGGAGUUUAGGGCUUACUUUGAUGGAGCUUUUCGUGGGUCACUUCCCGUAUAUCCCGGCGGGUCAAAAACCCGACUGGGCUACUUUGAUGGUCUCGAUAUGCUUCGGCGAACCGCCUGUUUUGCCGCAUGGUGCUUCCGAUGAGUUCCGGAACUUAAUGGAGUGUUGCUUGCAGAAGGAGUGUAGUAAGAGGUGGACUGCCUCUCAGCUUUUGGAGCAUCCGUUUUUGGUCAAGUAUCCGGCCGGCGGCCGCCGAUAAUUGAACCGACCUGACGACAAACGUAUCGUGGGAUAUGAGAUUAGAUGGUUGAGUUCUUUGUAUAGACAUGCAAUAAUUAAACUGGAUUGUAAUUUAUGUUUAAUUAUUCAUUUUUUUUCUGAAUAUUCUUUGCUUAUGCAACGAUGGUAGAUUCAUUACAUUGAAAAUUAUGUAGUUUCGAUAUCCAGAGAGGGACAAGGGAGAG